UUUGGGCGCCGAGCGCCCCGGGUUCCGAGCUGCGGCUCGGAGGUGCCCUGCCCCCCCGACCCCGGUGUGCCCCCUGGAAGGCCUGGAGGGGCCCCAUGGGGGCUAGAGGGGUUGGGGGUGAGCGCACCAUGAAGUCCCUCCUCUUCAGUCGCUUCUUCAUCCUCCUGCCCUGGGUACUCAUUGUCAUCAUCAUGAUCGACGUGGACCCCCGCCGACCUGCGCCCCACCUCGGCCCGCAUCCUCAUUUCUCCCCUUACGCGGCCGGCCGCUGGGGCGCAGCUCAGCGCUCCAGCGUCCCGCGGCCCCCGCUGCUCCCUCGGGACGGCAGCCCCGACGGCGGUCCCCAACGGGGCGCAGAGCAAACUCGCAACCGCUCGCAGCCCCCUCCACCUCAGAUGCCGUCGCCGCUGCCCACCAUCUAUGCCAUCACCCCCACCUACAGCCGCCCGGUGCAGAAAGCAGAGCUCACGCGGCUGGCCAACACCUUCCGGCAGGUGGCGCAACUGCACUGGAUCCUGGUGGAGGACGCUGCCGGCCGCAGUGAGCUGGUGAGCCGCUUCUUGGCCCGAGCGGGGCUUCCCAGCACCCACCUGCACGUGCCCACGCCCCGGCGGUAUAAGCGGCCCGGCUUGCCGCGGGCCACGGAGCAGCGCAAUGCCGGCCUCGCCUGGCUGCGCCAGACUCACCAACACGAGCCUCAGCGGCCGCAGCCCGGAGUGCUCUUCUUCGCCGACGACGACAACACUUACAGUCUGGAGCUCUUCCAAGAGAUGCGUACAACAAGAAAGGUCUCUGUCUGGCCAGUGGGCCUUGUUGGUGGGCGGCGCUAUGAACGCCCCUUGGUGGAAAAUGGCAAAGUCGUAGGCUGGUACACAGGCUGGAGAGCUGAUAGGCCAUUCGCCAUAGAUAUGGCAGGAUUUGCUGUGAGUCUUCAAGUGAUUUUGUCCAAUCCAAAAGCUGUAUUUAAGCGCCGUGGGUCCCAGCCAGGGAUGCAAGAAUCUGAUUUUCUAAAACAGAUAACAACAGUUGAAGAACUGGAACCAAAAGCAAACAACUGCACCAAGGUUUUGGUAUGGCACACUCGAACAGAAAAGGUGAAUUUAGCUAAUGAGCCAAAGUACCACCUGGAUACUGUUAAAAUUGAAGUCUAACCUGAAGAGGCAAACAGGGCUUGCAUAACCAUGAAGGACAGCUGGCUGGGGGAAAGGACGCCUUCUGAAGCUUAGGCUGAAAAAGCAAUCAGGUAUUGCUCAUUAUUCUACAGUGCAACAGCCCUGAUUUUCAUCUCAUGGACAUUUGUAUAAACAAAUCAGAUGGUAUAAAAAAUGGAUGUUUUGUCUCCCCUUGGUUUGCAUGUUUCUCCCUCCCCAUUUCUGUUACAAUCAAUCACCUGAAAGAUCCAUAGAUCAUCAAAAGAAAAUGAUGCUGCAAGAGAACUACUUGCUUUUUAUGUUCUUUUUUUCCCUUGCUUCUCUCUUCUUGCUCCUCCUCCCCCCAGCAUCUUAAUUGGUGAAAUUGAACAAGUUUUUAGGAACAAAUGAGUGAUAUUUUAUCAAGUAAAAUGUUCCUGAUCUCUCAGUACUAAGAUCUUACUCACUGUAAGAUCAGGGCCAAAAUAUAGCUAAGGAAAUAAAACCCACAGGAAAAGUGGAUGGAUUCAUCUGUUUAAUAUAGGGAAAUAACAUUUUAUCAAUACUAGGCACCAUAAAAUGUAAACACAAUUACUGUCAUAAACCUGGAUAUACCUUCAAGGAUUAAAAGUACUAUUUUGUAGAUACCCUGUAUGCAUCUAGUGCAAGGAGUGCUCUGCAGCGUAGCACUGUGUACAUAAGAAAUAAUCCCAAUUGUGGGAGACUCAGAGAAAAGACUUGGGAUUUCUUUAUUCUUUGAACAGAUUAAAUUUUGUGGUAACAUCCAGGUUUAUCUUCCUUUCACUAACCAUGUUCCCUGUUAAGCACACCAUAACAACAUCACAGUGAAAUGAAUGAUGAAAUAAAAGAAUUUUGAUACAUUAGAAAA